UAACGUGGCACUGUGUAUUCUCUCUAGGUUUAUAUUAUGAUAUUAAUAUAGUUAAUAGUUUUAUAAAUAUAAAUAAAAAUUACAGUGGUUGGAAUCUAGUAAUCUAAUACGAGUUAUAUAGGCUAGUAUUUAUUACUUAUUGAAUUUAAUUUAUAAUGAAUACGAUACAAAUAUCGAAUAUGAGACAAAAAACAAGUAUUUUGGAUAAGUCUAUAAGUAAAGGUAAAGGAGAAAUUAAUAUGAACUGUUUUGCACUGAUGUUUUCUGAAUUGGUUCAGUACUGUCAAGGGAAAGCACAUACGGUUAAUGAAUUACAAACAAGAUUGUCCGACUUAGGUCAAGAAGUUGGUACAAAAUUAAUAGAUUUGCAUUUUGUACGUGAAAAGAACAGCAAACGCGAAAUCAAAUUAUUGAAUAUGUUACUGUUUAUAAAAUCUACAUUUUGGAAAAAUUUUUUUGGUCGUGAAGCUGAUAAACUAGAACAUUCAAAUGAUGAUGAUUCUACAUAUUAUAUUAUUGAAAAAGAGCCACUUGUGAAUAAAUUCAUUUCAGUUCCAAAGGAUAAAGGUAAUUUGAACUGUGCUAUAUUUGUCGGUGGCAUUAUCGAAGGAAUUCUUAAUUCAUCUGGAUUUAAUGCCAAAGUUACAGCACAUUGGCAUAAAGGUACAACUUAUAUGGUGAAAUUUGAAGAUCAUGUUAUAACUAGAGACAAACAAAUGGAUGAACGAUAAUAUAAAAUUUAAUUUAAUUUAAAGGUCUAUAGUAUCUGUUAAUUAUUCAUAAAUAUAUAUAUAUAUGUAUAUAGAUUUGUAAUAAGCUAAAUAUGCUUUAAAGUAAACUGAAUAUAAUAUAAACAUUGAAAAUAAAUGAAGAAACGGAAUCUUUAUUUCAUAUA